UCGGCAGGCAAAAGGCGGCAGCGUCGGUAUCGCUCGCUUUCUCUCAGGUCUCGCUCGACCAUAGCAGCCAGCCCGGACAGAGAGAGGGGUGAGAGCACGCCGCCGGCGCAGUUACCGAGUUACUGCCUGGAAGGCCCUCCUCUUGGACUAAACGCUCUCCGCAGGCAAGGAUGAAGUGGGUCGCCUCCUUGAGCCUGUUCCUGACCCUGCUAGUCGUCGGAACACACUCUGCGACGAUAACGACGAGUUCGCCUACGGCUCCAACAGCGGAGAACAACGACCGCAGAGUGGUGUGCUAUUGGAACAGCUGGUCUUACUAUCGGAAGGGCAAAGGUAAGAGUCUCGUACAGAAGCUCGACACACGGCCAUGCACGCACCUCGUCUACAACACGGUCGGCAUACGUGGCGCCGAAGUCGUCUCGUCGGAUCCAUGGAACGACUACUCCGACAGCGGAGGAAACGGCAAUUUACGACGAUUCGCCAACUUGAAGAAGCGCAACGGCGCCCUCAAGCUGCUUGUGGCGGUAGGCGGCCAGAGUCUCGGCUCGGUGCCCUUCAGCAAGCUGGCUCUGUCAGACAAGCACCGCAAGGAGUUUGCCGACAGCGGCGUCGCCUUCUGCCGCGAGCACCGCGUCGACGGUCUCGUCCUCACCUGGCACUACCCGGCCAGCGGGGGCGGCCGGCCUCAGGACAAGGACAACUUCGUCCUCUUGCUCAGGGAAAUGAAGACGGCAUUCAACAAGGCCAAGCUACAACUUGGAGUCGAUCUAUCGGUCGCUAGAGAAAUUGUCGCCAACGGUUACAACCUGCCUGAAAUAGCAAAGAACGUGGACUUCAUGACCGUCAACGCCUUUGACUACUGGGGCGUCUGGUCCGGCCGAACUGGUCCCGUUGCUCCCUUGCACGGCUUGUCGGAAAGUGACUACACUACCGCCAGCGUGUCGUACAGUAUCAACAGCUACCUCAAGACAGGUGUGCCGAGAUCGAAGAUCGUGCUGGCCAUUACCACGCUGGGUCGCACCUGGACGCUGAACGACACCUCCAACGUCGGCUACGGCGCAUUCACCUCGGAAGGCGGCCCGGCGGGCAACUACACCCAGACGUCCGGCGCUCUCGGCUACAACGAGAUCUGCGAGUCAAUGAAGAAGGAUAAAUGGGUCGUCAACUACGACAAAGGCCUGAAGGCGUCCUAUGCAGUGCUGCUGCCGACAUGGAUCAGCUACGAGGAUCCUCAAAGUGCCAAAGACAAGGCCGCAUUCGCUCGUGAGAAGCAGCUGGGAGGAAUCGCCAUCGUCACCCUGGAUACGGACGACUUCGAUGGAAAUUGUGGAGAUCCCCUUCCAAUCCUGAACACAGCCGCCAAAGAGUUCCUAGGCACUGAAGACGAAAGCACCUAAAUAGAAACAGCUAGGACUUCGCAUAAAACUGAAGUAGCUUUGAAUUAAUGCAAGAGGUGUGGUCUGACCCAAGAUCUAACACUUCCUAGUUCAGCAUGUUAGGCAUUUUGUUACGAAUCCUUUAGGGUUAUCCUAAAGGUGCAAAUGCAGUCCCAGUCAAAGCGUUAUUAGUUGCUAUUUUCUUUGAUCGUAUGGUGUUACAAUGCACGAACCACAAAACUGAUUCAGCUUUAAUAUGCUCUACAAGCUGAGCACCUUCGAACACAUGCUCUUCAUCUGAGAUUGAUUCAACAAGUGCUCAAAGUACAAGCCAACCUGUUUUCUUAGUAGCAGCUCUGCGAUCAUACGUUGUAAACCAAAGUCACAAUGUGCUUGUAAAAUUACAGGAGUACACAAUAAACGAAAACCAACAUUAGUCCUUUA